AUGACGGAUUCCGUGGUGGUGGAGGGUCAUGUCAAAUUGAGAGAUGGAAAAAAGUGGAAGAAUAGGUGGCUGGUGCUGCGCAAACCCUCCCCGGUAGCAGAUUGUUUAGUCAUGUUGGUGUACAAGGAUAAAUCUGAGCGAGCCAAAGGACAUAAGGAGAGGAGCAGCGUGACCUUAGAAGACAUCUGUGGCCUGGAUCCUGGGCUCUCCUAUGAGGGCUUAAAUCACACACUUGCUAUCAUCUGUCUAUCUCAAGUCGUGAUGCUGGGAUUUGACAACAAGGAAAUUAUGUAUGCGUGGGAUGUACGGAUUCGCUACAGUUUGGGGGAAGUUCAUAGGUUUCAUGUUGCUGUAGCACCUGGCACUAAGCUGGACAGUGGACCGGCUACUCUUCACUUCUGCAAUGACAUUCUAGUCCUUGUAAAAGACCUUCCACCCACGGUCAUGGGGCAAUGGAAGCUCUCGGAUUUGCGCCGAUAUGGAGCGGUCCCUAAUGGAUUCAUCUUUGAAGGGGGCACCAGGUGCGGCUUCUGGGCUGGUGUUUUUUUCCUUUCUUGUGCCGAAGGAGAGCAGAUCAGCUUUCUGUUCGACUGUAUCGUUCGUGGCAUCUCCCCGACGAAAGGCCCUUUUGGGUUGCGUCCAGUCCUACCAGACCCAAGUGCAAAUCCAGCCUACACGGAGGAGAGAGUGGCCCAUGAAGCUUUGCAAUUAGAAAAGCGCCUGAGUCUACUAUCCCAUUCAAGUCGCCAGGGCAGUGGAGGAGAUGAUAGAAGCCUGUCAAGUUCAUCUUCAGAUACCAGCCACUCGGACGCUAGUGUUGGGAGUAGGUUGACAAUUUGGCCUGAACAGUCUUCGGCCAGCACUUCUCAAGAGAGUCAUGGAGUGGCAGCUGCAAAGGGCAUUCAUUUUGGGGAAGAAAAAACACUCACAGAAGGGGCACGUGGCACCACCAAACCACCUCCUAAGCCUCUUCGGUCUAGACAGCUACAGGAAAUAGGUCGUCAGAGUUCUUCUGACAGUGGGAUAGCUACUGGUAGUCACUCUUCUUACUCUGGAAGUUUCUCUUCCUAUGCUGGGAGUCUGGAUAUUUGCCAUGGUGAUGAGUUUGGAUCAUUGCUUAGCCUACCAUUGAACCUUCCUUCAGAUCAGAAUUUAUGUACUUGCCUGCACAGUGAACCCCAGAGGAGCUUGGGCUCAGAAUAUCAGGUUCCUAGCCCUGUCAGACAUAUUUAUGACACACCCAGGAGUUUAUUACAGGCAGCUGCUAUAGACGUACAACACAAGAGUGCGGAUUCCACCCAACCAAAGGACCAGGACCCAGCACCUCAAGGCAUUAGUGACCCUAAGGUGUUGGUACCACACUCAGAAACACGGAUGGCACCUGAGCAGAGCCAAGACAGGGGGAGGCAUACAUCCUUACUCCCAGAAGGCACCAAAGACUCAAGUGAUGAGACAUAUGUGGAUUUUGUUUCGAGGUGGUCAGAUGUAAAACCACAAGGACAGGUGUUAGACUCCAAAAGUAGUGAGUUGGCACCACCUAGUGGAGUCCCAGCUGACCCCUGUGAAAUAUAUAGCCCCCACCCUGGGAUGACAAGAGCUCUCUUUUCAGCUUGUCCAAUCUGUGGUGGACUAAAGGGAACAGCAGUUUUACAGCCUGGAGUCUUACCAGCUCUCCCAGGUGCUUCUUCUGUCAUGGCAGCUUCUGGAUCUCUGAAAGUACAUAAAGGGCACACUCUGCAAGCUGGUCCUAAAGGUGGUUUUGGGUUCAUGGCACCACCUGCAGAACUUGGAACUUCUAGUGGCCCUGAAGAACCCGGAGGGGCAGUAGGUUAUUCAACAGAUCUACCUGUAUCUGAUCGACCCCACAGUGAGACAACAACCUAUGUUAAUAUUCCUGUCAGUCCUACAUCGAAGAAACAGCUCCACUACAUGGAACUGGAGCUUCAAGAACCUAGCACAGGCAUAAGAGGGGGCGGAUCAACCAAAUAUGCACAGAUUGACAUUGCGGCCACGGAGACAGCCCACAAAGUGGGAACUCAGCACGCUCAAUGCCGUGAGGACCGCCUGCAGGAACUUGAACACAAGAAGAAAGGGUCCCAGGAGUGA